AAACUGCCAAUCUUCAACCUUUUCCCACCCACGAUUCGUGCACCCAAACCAACCCGUUGGUCGCCAAACAACCUUAUUCCGAGUGGCCGGAUCAGCGUUUGGGCAGUUCAACGGCUAUUAUUAUUUUUUCGGUGCUCGCAGAAUCGGACGUAUUUUUACGACAAACAACAUAAAGAUAGGCAGACAGGCAGGGUUUCCACCGCAGAGUCCCACGUUGCCCUUCGCUAUCGCGCCCAUCCCGCACGCUCGAUAACGACCUUAUUCGACGACAGCCUCUUCUCGUCCACCGCCCGUCGCCUUCCCCGGAUUUUCGUUUCGUUUCGUUUGCGAUCGAUCGCUCUCCAACUUCCAACCGUGGAUUGACGUCUCCCUCUCCGACACCAUGGCUAUUGCCAUGGGCUGGCACAAGCCCGACAAUGUCGCCGGCUCGUCAGCACCAGCCAUCAUGGUCGGCCUCUUCGUCGCAUCGGGAGGCUUGCUUUUCGGCUACGAUACUGGUGCUAUCAACGGUAUUCUCGCAAUGGAUGCUUUCAAACACCAAUUCGCCAGCGGCUGUACUGAUGGCAAAGACAUUUGCGCCAAAGAUUCUUCAAUAAUUGUUGCUAUUCUCAGUGCUGGAACAGUGGUCGGAUCAUUAAUCGCAGCACCUCUCGGCGAUUACUACGGACGCCGCAAGUCGCUCGUCAUUGCAGUCACGGUGUUCAGCAUAGGCGCCAUCCUUCAAGUCUGUGCAGAUGCUAUUCCCUUGCUGCUUAUUGGAAGGCUUUUGGCCGGUGUUGGCGUAGGAGGUAUUUCCGUGCUGGUUCCCAUGUACCAGUCAGAAAUGGCUCCGAAAUGGAUACGUGGUACUCUCGUUUGUGCAUAUCAAUUAUCUAUUACGGUCGGUUUGCUUGCCGCAUCCAUCGUUAACAUCAUAACAUCCUCCAUGCCUUCCUCAGCAGCCUAUCGCAUACCAUUAGGCUUGCAGCUAGUACCUGCAGUAGUACUCGCUGCAGGUCUACUGAUUUUACCAGAAACCCCAAGAUUUCUCGUCAAGAAAGGUCUCAAGGAUGAGGCCGGCCUCUCACUAAGUCGACUUCGGAGACUGGACAUUACACAUCCUGCGCUCAUUGAAGAGCUGCAUGAGAUCAUUGCCAAUCAUCAGUAUGAACUGACGCUUGGACCCGAUAGCUACAAACACAUAUUUGCCGGCUCACCUCGCCUCGGCCAACGAACCUUUACUGGAUGUAUUCUUCAGAUGCUUCAGCAACUUACCGGAAUCAACUUCAUCAUGUACUACGGCACUACAUUCUUCGGCGGUACAGGUGUCCAAAAUCCGCAUACAAAGUCGCUUAUUAUCAACGUCAUCAACGUUGUAUCAACUUUCCCUGGGCUUCUUGUCAUCGAAUCCUGGGGCCGCCGGUCUCUCCUAAUAGUUGGUGCUAUAGGCAUGGCUAUAUGCCAGCUGUUUAUGGCAACCUUUACAACAAUUGUAGGGUCCAACGGCAUGACAGAUGGCAACCUGCCUGUUUCAACACAAAACGUUGUCAUUGCGUUCUGUGCCAUCAACAUCUUCUUCUUCGCAGCAUCGUGGGGACCUGUGGUGUGGGUUGUCACUUCGGAAAUCUAUCCACUCAAGACUCGUGCCAAGGCCAUGUCUGUAUCAACAGCGUCCAACUGGGUCUUGAAUUUUGGAAUUGCCUAUAGCACGCCGUACAUGUUCCAAAAUGGACAAGGCACUGCUGGAUUCGGCCCCAAGAUCUUCUUCAUAUGGGGCGCCUUCUGCGUCUUUGCGGCUGUCUUCGUGUGGUGUAUGGUGUACGAGACGAGCAAGAUUAGCCUGGAGCAGAUUGACGAGAUGUAUGAGCGCGUCAACCACGCGUGGAACAGCAAGUCGUUCGAGCCUAGUUGGAGCUUCCAGCAGAUUGUUGACGAAGGCUGGUCGCCAAGCGCGAUUCCUCCUGCCGACCAUGAACUGCAGACAACAGCAUCUCAAACAAGUGCAGACACAACGCUUGGUGAUGGCAGUUCGGACACCAUCACCAUUGAGGAGCUCAACGGCACAUCCAACAACGCCAGGUCAAACGACAGUAAAGCUGUCCCGGCCAUGGUGAAUGUCGACUUUAGUUAUUAGAACUUCGAGAUACCCCCACACCUUUUCCAAGAACCCGCGCUUCUUUCUUGCGACGGUAGCAUAUUUGGGCAUGGCGAAGAUUUCCCAUGUCACCGCAAAGUACUGUACUCUUUGCGUCCUCUUGUUUUAUUUUGUUUAACAACCACUCACCUAUUUAUUGAUCAUGAGAUACGGACCAGCGACGGAGUUUACUAUUCAGCACGGCCUUGGAGUUUGAUAUUUUGUUGGAGCAUUAGUUUUUACCCUCUUUGGUGUACCAAUGUUCAGCCUGUGCGGCAGCAAGGAGCAGAUAGUUUUGUUUUGGCGAGUCAUCUUGGCUAUUGUAUUUUUUGGGUGUCUAUUAUUUUAUUUGAAAGUCACAUGCAUUCAGAUAGCUCUGGUACGUUUGACAUCUUAUUUUGGAUAA